AUGGCGAUGGCGGAGGCGGAAAGCAAUGGCUUCGAGUUCCUGUCGGAUCCCGUGAACAGAUUUCCACCGAUGGAUCUAUCCCACGACAACUCCCUGGAUUAUGACGAAGGCGCUGAAGUUCUUAUCCGUGCCCGAUCAGAUUCCAGCAUGCGCGACGCUGGGGAUGCAGCACUCACAGUGGUUGCCGAUCUGAACAGUACUUGCGAAGCCAUCGCCCUGACGGUGGCACCUUCAGAGACGUCAACAGGGAGGGACGAUCCUCACGCGCCUGGAUGGACAAGAAGAGUCCGUGUUGGUAGAGCGCCAACGGAACGCCCCCCCUGCGCCGGCAGGACAACUGGAAAUGAGAAGACACCAACCGUCAUAGUACCUGUAGUGGGAAGCACAUUUGAUUACUACAAUCUCUAUUCCUGGGAGACUGGAUUUGAAAUAAGUUAUGGCAAGAGCAGGCUUAAUGUGGAAUGGAUAGAACAAAAUGCAUGCAGGAGAUAG